AUGGCUUCCAACAUAGGACGACUUGCAGCACGUGAGCUGCAACGGACCUAUCCAUGGAUUUCACCUCCUUUCAUCGUCGGCGCCCCUAUGCGUGUGAUUUCGGGUCCUAAACUUGCCGUAGCAAUCUCCGGCGCCGGUGGUCUUGGUUUCAUCGGCCCAGGUGCGAAGCCAGCAGACCUUGACGAUUCACUGUCGCAGACGCCGUCCCUUCUUGAAUCACUGCCACAAUCAUCUCCAACGCUCGCUCAUUUGGAUAGAUAUGUAAUCCUACCUAUUGGCGUAGGGUUCCAGACCUGGGCCGGUGAUCUUGAGACCACGGCCAGAAUCAUGCGAGCACACCCACCACCGGCUGCAGCCUGGCUCUUUGCACCGCGACAUGGCCAGAAGGAAUUGGACGAGUGGUCGGUAGGUAUCCGCGCUGCAACAGAUAGUAAGACAAAGAUCUGGAUCCAGAUCGCAUCUGUGGCAGAAGCCAAAGCUGCAGCGGCCAGUAAAGAACGACCAGACGUUCUAGUCGUUCAAGGCGCUGAUGCAGGCGGCCAUUCGCGCACCAAAGGAGCUGGACUGAUGACUCUCCUCCCAGAGAUCGCAGACGAACUUAAGAAAGAUUCAAACCUCCCACAAAUCCCUCUCGUCGCUGCGGGCGGCAUCAUCGACGCCCGCGGUGUCGUCGCUGGAACAGUCCUAGGCGCAGCCGCCUCCGCGAUGGGUACGCGCUUCCUUGCAGCGAAUGAAGCCAAUAUAAAUCCAGGAUACGUACAGCACGUUCUAGACGCUACCGAUGGCGGGCAAAGCACUGUGCGUACGCAAUUGUAUAAUCAUCUGCGGGGCACGAUGGAUUGGCCCGCUGAAUAUGAUGCCCGUGGACUGGCAAAUGCGAGUUGGAGAGAUCAUGAAGCAGGUGUGUCGUUCGAGUUGCUUCAAGAAAGGCAUGCAGAAGCAGCGAAGAAGGGGGUGAAAGGGUGGGGGGAGGCGGAGGGAAGGAUGGCGACGUAUUCCGGGACGGGAGUUGGGCUUGUGAGAGAGAGAAUGGGCGCUGCGGAGAUUGUUGAGCAGAUCAGAAAGGACGUCAGACGAGUGCUUGAUGAGGCGAAUACGGCUGUAUAUGAGUAA